UGUUGUGGGUGGGGGAAGAGCGAGAGAGUGAGGGGACGAAGGGUUUCUUUUGUUGAAAUCGCAGCGGAUAGCGGUCGCAGAGAAGAGGAAAAUGCCGUGCUUGAACCUGUCCACAAACGUCAAGCUGGAGGGCGUUGACACCUCCGCCAUUCUGUCUGAGGCCACCUCUACUGUUGCCAAACUCGUCGGCAAGCCUGAGGCUUAUGUUAUGAUUGUAUUGAAGGGGUCUGUACCCAUGUCAUUUGGUGGAACUGAGCAGCCAACUGCCUAUGGUGAGUUGGUUUCUAUUGGGGGACUCAACCCUGAUGUGAACAAGAAGCUGAGUGCUGCAAUUUCCAACAUUCUGGAGACAAAGCUUAAUGUGCCAAAGUCGCGUUUCUUCCUGAAAUUCUGUGACACCAAGAGUUCCAACUUUGGAUGGAAUGGGUCUACCUUCUAGGUUCCGUAUUUGCAAAUGUUGAGCUUGUUGACCACGGGGCUCAGAAUUUGGAAAAUAUGCAUCUUCAAUGUUUGUGUAGUAGUACUUGUAUUAUGUUCCAAGCAGAUUAUGUUGAUGCUCCAGAGCAUCCAUCUUUAGAGAAGUAUGCAAUUUAAUAUACUGGAUAUUUUGAGAUCGGUUUGAACAAUCACUAGAUGCAUCUCAAUGCUGUUCAGAAAUAUGUGGCUGGUGAAUUAAUGCUACAUCAUGCAGAUCUGAAUGGAAUUAGUUGAUAUUUUUUA